UUUGGAGCACUUCGUUCUUAACAAUAAAACCCUAAAACCUUACCCAAGCGCAUUUAGGUACCAAAGAACAAUCUCUGAUUCUGAAAAGCAAAAAGCUUUCUUUUCUUUCUUCUUAAUCAGAGCAGCAAUGGCGGACACCGUGGUCUCUCUCGAUAAGCUCAGAGCUUUCUGGCACUCCCAAGUCCACGAUGAAGAAAACUGGUCUCACAAUAUGAAACUGCUGCGAGCUGCUGGAUUAUUUGCUGGAUCGACUUUAAUGCGCAAUUACGGCGAUCUUAUGGCUGUAUAAGGAAUUAGAUUGACUAAGAGUUUCCGAGGUCUCAUUUGUGGUUACUCCAAUGGCACACUAGUUUUAUCCGUUAAAGCAGUUGGAAAUGUAUGCAUUUGAUACUUUUGUGCAUCAAGUUAGGGAACUAUAUACUCGAUGAUGAUUUUCAAAUAACGUUAGUACUUUCAUGUAGUUUCCUCAUUUAUGCUUCUAAAUAUUGUGGAAUUUGAACGAAAUGCACCCA